UGACGCUGAUUCGUUCUAGAAAUGUGUGGAUAGGCUACAUGUCUCCAUCUGAGGUGUGGUGCUUUUUUGGCUUAAUAUAAAAAUUUGUGAAUUGAUAGGUCUACUUGUCACUAUAAAUGUAUCAACUUCCACAGGCUACUUCGUGUACAAUGAUUGUAGCCUACAAGCGCAGUGUGCGAACGCGGUAAUAAGUGGGACCGGAGGAUUGCCUAGGCUACUGGACUAGUUCAUUUAUUUUUAAUAUACACUAUAACAUUACUAUGAGCUCCUUUCAAAACAGUGCCUUGAAAACAAAACUCCUUCAGAUUGAGUGUCGCUUCACCUGGGAUUUGACGAAAGACGACACAGAUAUUGAUAAUCUACAGACCAGGCUCAAUGACCAGCUUGAGUUAGGUAUAGGGAAAGAGGUGGGGGCUGCACGGACAUUCAGCUUUUUGGCCUACAUCAAAUACCUUAAAGGUUACCCAGAGGAGGCAAUGGCUGACUUGUUAAAAGCCGAAGAGCUCACCAGACUGCACUGUGGGGAAGACUUUGAGAAACAUCUUAUGGUCAUUUAUGGAGAUCUUGCCUGGUUGCAAUACCAUGUAGGUGAUUACAUCAAAAGCCAAAGUUACUUAGACAAACUAGCCAAGAUUAAGGACAAGUUUCCAACUGCUUCCACAUCUCUCCUCCGCCCCGAAAUAUACGGUGAAAAGGGUUGGACCUUCCUCAAGUACUCGUAUAAACACUACGACAAAGCGCUGGAAUGCUUCAAGAAAGCUGUGGAAAUGGAGCCUAAUGACAGUGAGUUGAAUGCAGGUUACGCGAUCACGUUAUAUCGUACAGAAACAGAACUCUCUAGUGUUGAUGACUCGGCAGCUAUUAAACAGCUCCGACGAGCUAUAGAGAUCAACCCACAAGACGCAGUCCUCAUGGUCCUACUGGGCCUGAAACUGGCUGACUAUAAAAGAUUUGGUGAGGCGGAGAAGUUAGUGGAGGACGCGCUGGAGAUUUCACCGGACUGUCCUCACGUGACACGGUAUGUAGGGAAGUUUCUCCGAAAACAGGGGCACCUGGACAAGUCCAUUGAUAUGCUGAAACGAGCACUCAAGCGUACGAGCCAGUCUCCCAUAAUACACCAUCAGUUGGCUCUCUGCUACAAGAGGAAAAAGAACUCGCUAUACAAGAGAGGGAGCUUCUGUGAUAGGCAGGCUGAGAUCCAGCAGCUAAAGCGCCAGUGCAUUUAUCAUCUGGAGAAGGCUACUUCACUGAAGCCUUCCUUCUUCUAUGCCUUAGCUGAGUUGGCAUUGCUCUAUGGAGAGGAUAAUGAAAUCACCAAGGCAGAGAAGCUUUUCAAGGAAACCUUUGAGAGAGCAAAACUUAAGAAUGACAGUCUGCAGGUGUUACAACUUUACUACGGCCAGUUCCAGCAGCACUGCAACAAAUGUGAGCCUCUGGCUAUCAAGCACUACACAGAAGGGGCGGAGCUUCAGAAAGACACUGCUGAAGGGAAGAGGUGUGUCCAGCAACUGCAAGCGAUUGCAGAGAAGCGUGCCUCCCAAGACCCAGAGGACAGCGAGGCCUGUGGUAUUCUAGGGUUUGUGUAUAAAAUGAAGGGGGAGAAACAGAAGGCCGUAGAGUUUUAUGAUAAGGCACUGGUUUGUGAUAUGGACAAUGACAAAUACCUCUCUGCGCUCUGUGAACUUCGCCUCUCGCUACAGCAAUAAUACACUUAAGAAAAACAUUACCGAGUGAUCUGUGGAAUAUGUCAUUUAGUAAAAAAGGCAUUUGUGUAUUCAUUACAUUUGAGAUAAUGUUCUAUAAUAGCAGGUGACUUUAUUAAGCAAUUUCACUUAUUAUUCUGCAUUAUGAAUUGAUUAUGUGCCUUAACAUAUGGUUCUUGUCAAAGGUAUAUAUAGUGGCACUGCAUUCUUGAACAAAUGCAACCACAGUUGUGUAUUUGAAGCAAUGAGUCUGAUGCGAAUAAAAACGUCUCUACAAGGUU